AUGGCGACUGUCUAUAUGGACAUAGACGAUCACCCCCAUGUCAGAUGUUCCGAUCAAGUACAGCGACCUGAGCUGAUCAAGGCUCCGAUCUCGGGAAGGGUCGGCGGCGAUGGCUUGACCACCAGUCGGCGGGGGCCCACGUCCGACCAAACACGGCUUGGGAUGCCCGAGCGCGCGACGGAAUACCAGAACCAGAGCGGCCCCUGGGCCAACGGUGGUAUCGAGACGGCGACCUUCUUCGGGGCAAAGCGUCGGCGGAUAGACUAUCGCACAUAUCAACCCUUUGACAACGUACCCAUCGACGUCAUCGAACGGAUACUUGAUCAGUUGCCCCUGCUUGACCUUGUCAGAUUGAGGCGGAUCAAUCGAUCGGUCAGUGUUUUCGCUGCCGAGCGUUAGACUAUUCCACCCAGGUGAUACAUCUGCUGACUCCAGAGUAGCUUUCCUCUUUCCAUAGUUCAACCACCUACUCAGAUCUCCUCAUCUGUAUCAUACCUUGUGCAUCCCUGCCUCCCCGGCGCCGGCUCCCGAACUGCUGGCUCUAUUUCCCUCGCUCCUACCGGGUACCUCCGAUCUAACGCUCCGCUCCUUUCCCUUUCCCGCCCUCGAGCCUUUACUGUGUUCGGUGACUCCCUACCGAUUACUCCACCUCGAUCUGUCCUUCUCGGCCGUUCGGGACGAGCAACUUGAAGCGAUGGCCGAGGAAGGCGCGCUCGCGAGCCUCCGAACUCUUAGGCUCAAGGGGUGCCGAGGCGUGAAAGAUGGUGUAUGGCUCGCGACGGCGUUGCCAAAAGUCGAGACGCUCGAUCUGAGUUGGAGUGGCGUCACGUCCCUUCCUGCGUCCGUGGUCGGCGCCGUAACUCCGCUUGUUGAGCUUGAGAAUGAGCUCCUGUCCACUUCGCCAGGAUCGGAUGAUUCGGUCGAUUCAGGAUAUUACUCCGAUCUCGAAGUUUCAUCCUUCUUCCACUGUUCAUCAACAAAGCCUCGAUCCUCAAUCUGGCCUCGAUUACAGCACCUCUCUCUUUCAUCAUGUCCUCAUCUGACGGUGACGACGAUCGAAGCCUUCCUCGAAUCGGCGAUCCCUCCGAAUCUCCGCACACUCGACCUUUCGCACCUCCCACUUGAUCACCACACACUCGCUCAUCUCAACCUCAGGCCCUCCGACGACUCUGAUCCCGAACCCGACUCGCACCCCCUCGAAACAAUCGAUCUGAGAGGUGUACACGCCCUCACACUCUCGUCUAUUCGACGACUCGAACGCUUCUGGGCCCUGCAACGGAUCAAGAUUCUUCAUUCGGCGGUUUUGGAGAGUGAUGAUGAGGUCGAUGUAAGACGUUUUGUGGAGUGGGUCGCGGGUAUGCAUGCGAGGGGUGGGGCUUGA